AUGUUAAGCCGGAUGAUUCUAAGAUCUUCUGUCCUUGCUCUAAAUGCAGGUGAGGAUGAGGAUAUUGAUGAAAGUGAUGAUAGUGAUGAAAGUGAUGAAAGUGAUAGUGACAAUGAUGGACAUGAUGUGGCCAGUAUGGAGCAAGACGAUGAUAUGCAUGGUUUAAUAGAAGAAGGUUGUCCACAAGAUCCAAAUGGAGAUGCGCACAAGUUUUACAAAUUGUUAGAAGAGGCAGAACAGCCAUUGUACGCUGGUUGUGAAUCAUAUUCUAAUUUGUCUUUUGUUGUGAACCUUAUGCAUAUCAAGGGUAUUGGUACUAUGAGCAAUAAAGCAUUUGAUUUAGGUCUUCAUUAUGAUAAGAUAGAUGCAUGCAAUAAUGAUUGCAUCAUUUAUUAUAAGGAGCAUGCAAAUGCAACGCAGUGUCCUACAUGUAAGCUUUCGAGAUGGAAGAAACAAGGAAAGGGUAGCAAAAAGAAAGGAUCGUGUAAAGAUGGAGUGUUGAGGCAUCCAGCAGAUUCUGAGGCUUGGAAAUCGUUUAAUCAAAUUCAUGAGUCAUUUGGUAUGGAACCUCGAAAUGUAAGACUUGGUUUGGCAACAGAUGGAUUUAACCCUUUUGGGAACAUGAAUUUGCAUUAUAGUAUUUGGCCAGUUCUUAUAUACCCAUAUAAUCUUCCUCCGUGGAUGUGCAUGAAGGAGCCUUAUGUUUUCAUGACUUUACUUAUUCCUGGACCUAAGGGUCCAUGCCAUGACAUUGAUGUAUACAUGAGGCCAUUGAUAGACGAAUUGCGAACAUUGUGGGAAAUUGGUGUUGAAACGUAUGAUAUAUAUGCAAAGCAAAAUUUUCAGAUGAGAGCUGCACUUCUUUGGACUAUCAAUGAUUAUCCAGCAUAUGCAUACAUGUCAGGUUGGAGUACGUCUGGUUAUUUGGGUAAUGGCAUGCCCAUAUUGUGCAUCUGA